CGUGCCUCUUCCUGUUUACAUUUGGUUGCCCGGCAACCAGCCCCGUGUACCGUCACCUGGAUAGAGAAGGUUAACGUGUGCUAGCUAGGACACGGAAUGGCUCAUCAUUUAAGUUCAAGGCCUAGCAGAGCAUCUGUUUCUGUUACAAGUGUAACAAAACCUUCAAAGAAUGUCAAUGGAAAUCAGCAGCCGGUAAUUCUUACUGCUGUGGCUUUGCAAGAUCACAUACUGAAAAAUCUCCAGCUGCAGCACCUCUCUUUAGUGGAUCCAUGUAAAGGAGUCAGCAGCAUUAGAGGUUCCAGACUUGUGAAUAGAAGGCAAAUGAAAGCUGUUGUAGAUACUGGAAUCAGGAGGAAACAUGCAGACAAAGUUACACCGAAUAGGACAGAGGAGGAGUAUGUGCUUGACCCUUCUGGACCACCGCUAACUUUAGCCCAGAGACUCGGCAUUGUAGAAGCUCCAGCAAAACCAUUAACUGAUGAUGAAUGGAAGAAAGCAAAGCAGAGAUCUGUGGAGCAAGGUGACUCUUUACAACCCUGUUCCAUAUGUAAAGAAGAGUUUGAACUGCAUCCACAGGUGCUGCUUUCCUGCUCCCAUGUAUUUCACAGGGUAUGUUUGGAAGCCUAUGAGAGGUUUGCUGGCAGGAAGAUGUGUCCAAUGUGCAGAAAGAAUCACUAUCAGACAAGAGUGAUACAUGAUGGAGCUCGACUAUUCAGAGUGAAAUGUGCUACCAGGAUUCAAGCAUGCUGGAGAGGAUACAUAGUAAGAAAAUGGUACAAAAAGUUACGCCAAACAACGCCUCCUAAAGACCCUGAAUUGCGGAAGAGGUUCUUUGAAAAAAAGUUCACCGAAAUAUCUGACCGCUUGUUAAGAUCAUGCAGCACAGACAUUGAUGUGUUCUUCAGUGAGAUUGACCAGUCAAUCGCUGCAAGUCGUAGUGUCUUCUGUCAGUUAGAAGAAAACUUCAACAGAGGCAUCAGUGAUGCAGAUUGGGAAAGGAUACAAGUACAGGCUGUUCAUCAGGAAAUAUCGGACUGUCCAAUAUGUAUCACAGCAUUGAAUUACAAUGAAGACCAUAGAGGACUGUCCUCCUCCCGACCCAUUGUGCUUCUGUCCUGCUCACAUGUCUUUCAUCAAGCUUGUCUUCAGGCCUUUGAGGACUUCUCAGUUGGGAAAUGCCCAUUUUGUCCUUUGUGCCGAUCUCCAUACCAGAAGAAAAUAUUUCCCCGUUAGGCUUUUAUGGAAAAUUACUACUCUCUCACCCUGUUUCUGUAUAGAUUUUUUUUUUUUAAACAACUGCCCAACCUUACCAGUGAACAUGUUAAUCAUUUGAUACAGAUGCAUUAUGUUAUACUUUUGAUGGAACCUGUUAAUUUUUUUUUUUUUUUUACAAAAUGUGAAAAGUUUAGGACCACUGUCAGGGGUUAAAGUGAAGGAAAAUAAAACAUUUCUAACAGAGGACAGUAUAGAACCUCCAUCAGAAUUUUAUGCAUAUGCAAUUUUGAUACAUUUUCUGGUUGCUGGACUCCAGCCAUGCACCUGUGAAACAUAAGACCCA